CAGCCUCGGGCCUGGGCCUCCCAGGAUGCAGCGCGCGGGCGGGAGGUUUGGAGCUUCCUCACUUGGUGCUUGUUUGCGGCGUCGGGGACGCGGCGGCUGCGGGACGCGCGACCUCCAGCUCAGAGGUAGACUCGGCGGUGUGUGCCCUGACCUGACCUUCCACGAGGGGGUGGCGGGGCUGGGUUUGCUCUCCUAGUCCCUUCGUUACGGAAGAGCGGGAAGGAAGUGGGCGUCCCGGGGCCUGUGCUCGUCAUUCUCUGGAAGGAUAACUAGAUACCAAGUGCUUGCUCUAUUGGACUUUUUCGCUUGAAAGUUUCUUCACCUCUGCAGCGUCUUUCCCACUUGGAGUGUGAGAUAUUUAACAAAGGAUGUGUCUUCGAAAUCUUUAAGACAGAUAUAUAAAGCUCUGCCUACUCAAUGGCAGUUGCUCUCAUUUCAUUUUUAGGUUUAAAAGCUUCAACUGGAAUCGGUUUGCAUUCGGAAAUUGCACCAACACAAAUCGGACUUGAUAUUGUGGAUUGACUAGCAAAUAAGCAAUGUCAUCUAAUGAACAAGAAAGGCUCUUAUGUUAUAAUGGGGAAGUCCUUGUUUUUCGUUUGUCCAAAGGGAAUUUUGUAGAUAAAGGGCCUGCAAAAAUAACCAUGAUACAUGUCAGAAGAAUGACAUUUGACAGAGGAACAGGAGUAUUUGUUCAGGAGUCCACUGGAUCCUUUAGCAUAAAAGAAGAAUACUCUCAUUUAAAAAUUACGUGUUGCAACUCUGUUUCAGAUUUCAGAACUGGAAUUAAUCUGCCUUACAUUAUGAUACAGUGCAAUAAAGAGAAUAACAUUUUCAGAUACUUUGUACUAUUUCUUCACAGUACCAAUAAAUUUGAAAAGCGUUUGAGUUUUAGACUAGGCUAUGAAUUAAAAGAUAGCAUAAGGGUCCUUAAUGGCCCUUUAGUUUUAUGGAGACAUGUCCAGACAUUCUUCUAUAUCUCUUCCCAAACUGGCAGAGUUGUUACUGUGUCCUUUAACUUUUCCUCUAUUGACUGGGUAGGGGAGAUUGAAAAUCUAGGUAUAGUUUUAUUAGGACUAAAGAGAUAUUUAUCUGAGGAAGGAUGCACCCCGAAGCCUUCGAAAUCAGAUUACGCAACUUGGAAUACCCCAUUUUGUGUAUACUCCCUCGAAAGGGAAGAAGUCCUAAGUGACACGUACCUUAUCCCUCCCGUGUACAGCAGCGUGGUAACUUGUGUGCAUGUCUGCACAACUGAGAUUGUCGACAACCAAUUGAGAAUGUCUCUGAUUGCCCUUACUCAAAAGAAUCAGCUGAUUUCAUUCCAAAAUGGGACUCCUAAAAGUGUGUGCCAGCUUCCAUUUGAAGAUCCUUGUGCAGUUCAUCUUAUGGAUUCAGGUGGAGGAAACCUCUAUUUCAUCGUAUCCUUUAGGUCCAAUGAUGCUUGUGCUGUUAGGGCAAAGAACUUUCAGGUUGUCGAUAAAUGGGAGAAAAUGAGCUCAGUACUGGUAGAUGACUUUCUUGGAACUGGAACUGAACAAGUAUUGCUACUUUUUAAAGACUCCUUGAGUUCAGAUUGCCUGAGUUCAUUUAAAAUAACAAACCUUGACAACAUAAACUAUUCAAGCCAAGCAGUGGAUUGCAGUCAAGAUGACUUAUUUGACAACGAACAAGAUAACUGCUCUUUAAUGAUUCCACCUCUGGAAAGAAGAUUGAAAGUUGGUUUCGUUUCUAUUCAGGAAUUACAGCAAAAUCUCUUGCUUAAGGAAAAAAUUCUAUCAAAAUCUUACAAAGCUUUUACAAACCUUUUUCAAGGGAAAGAUGAUAGUACACCAAGUGCAAAGGAGGACUGUCUUGUCACUCUUUGUGGUAAAGAAGAAAAUCCUGUCUGUACCUUUGAUGAAAAGUUGUCAGAAAAUUUUCAAGAUUCAAAACAGUUAGUAGAGAAGAUAUGGUAUCGUGUAAUAGAAGAUAGCUUGGUUGUUGGCGUGAAAACCACAUCUUCUUGGAAGGUGUCCCCGAGUCACAUGACUUUGUCACUGUCAAUGCAUGGAGCCUGCAACUCCAGCUUUCCAGGUAUUAAGUGUCAAAAUAGGGUGCUCCAGUUGAAUAGGAAUUCUUCCCCACCACCAUGCCUAGUGCCGUAUGAAGUACGAUCAGGGGUAAAAAGAAUCAAGUUGAGUGUUGAUAGUGAGCAAGAGGAAGAGAAGAAGGAAAGCCUUGUUUGUGAGCAGCCCUCUGAGAAAGACUGCGUACAGAUGAUUACUGCUGUGACAUCUCUUUCGCCGCUUUUAGCAUUCAGUAAUUUUUGUUGCAUUGUGCUGCUACAAAUUAGAGAGAGAGAGAAUGCGAACUAUUCCAAAGUUCAUUAUGUUCACUGUGGCAGAAUUUUUUUAAGUCUAGAAGAUCUUUCAAGUGGGAAAUACCUGCUGACAUUUCCAAAGAAGAAACCUUUAGAACACAUGGAAGAUCUCUUUGCACUUCUUGCUGUGUUGCACAGAGCUUGUUUUCAGAUUACAUCACGCAGCUAUGCUCUGACUUCAGUGAAGUCAUGGCUCCUAGAGCACAUGGAAUGUGAAGUAAUCAAGGAAUUUCCACAAGUUUGCUUUUGCAAAAGGCCAGGAAAUUUCUAUGGAACAUUCUUCAGCUGGAAAGAAAGAACACCAUUUGAAGGGAUUUUAAUAGUCUAUUUCAGGAAUCAGACAGUUUUGUUCCAGUGCCUUCAUAAUCUCAGCAGAGUUCUCCCUGUAAACAGUUUCUUCAAAAAUCUAAAAUUAGGAAGCGAAGAUAUCCUAAUUGAUCAUUUGACGUUAGCUUUGGAGAAGGAAUUGGUUACCCUUGGUUCUCUUUCUUCUGCCUCAGCUAAGGUUGAAAGCAACUUGGUACAGAGCUCUGAAGCAAGCGAAGGAAAGAGUAGUAAUGUGGCUGCUUCAUCAGACAGAGAGGAACGCAUCCAUCUCUACAGAGAAGAACUUCAGAGAGAAAAGCAGCAAACAUUGGGGACGAACCUAAAUGUGAGUGGUGCCCUUUACAGAGAAAUGACUUUGAAAUUAGCUGAGGUUCAGCUGAAAUCAGACCUUGCUGCCCAGAAACUGACUGAUUUAUAAUUACCGUCUCAAUUUGGUUAUAUUUUAGAAUAAUUUUUCCCUUCCAGAAUGUUUUGGUUCUACUCGUUUUCAUUUUCCUUGAUAGGCCUGCUCUGCAAAAAUAAAGAUUGAGUUUUAUGUAGGAUCCUUGGUUUCGAAGAUGCACAGAAGAGCUUGCUUUAGAGCAGCAUUUCUCAACUGGGCUCAUUUUGCCCGUGGGGUGUUUGACUAUGUCUGGGGAUGGUUUUUGGUUGUCAGAAGCAGUGGCAGGAGCGUGAGGGGCAGGGGGAGAGGGGUGCUGUUUGAAUCUAGUGGGUUGAGCUGCUGUUAAACUUCCUCCUCAGCACAGAACAGCUCCACAACAAAGACUGUCCCAGCCCUAAUGUGAGUAGUGCUGAGGUGGAGAAAUCCUGCCUUAGAGUUACCACUUAGUGAGGACCCAAGCGAUUAUUUUAUUCUAAAUCUUUAAAAAACUUACAUAGUCCUUAGUCAUACUCUGCUUAGUAAAAACCUAGCAUAUAGACAUCAGUUUCAAACAGAUAAACAUGAUUGUCAAAGUUCCUGUAAACGUCGAGCCCCUGUAGAAAUUUAAAUGGAAGAGUGUCUAGGUGAGAACAUUAAAAUGAACACGUUGGAAACCCUUAUUAAGUUAAAUUUUGUUAGAAAACGUCUCUGAAAUUGUGUCAGUCUGUAGGCAUGUGAAAAUUUUUAGGGCUUUUCUUUGAAAAACAUCUCUCUUUCAAAAGGCUAAGCAUACCUCACAGGUCACUAUUUUUAAAAAAUUGAAAAUGCCUUAAAGCCAUCUGUAAUUCCAAUUCUAGGCAAAGGUAAAAUAUAAAAUUCUAAGAUAAAGAAUAUAGCACGCCUUGGGGACUGAGAAAUUUAAAAAAUAAGUGAAAAUUCACUUCAGUUAAGUGAUUUUUAAGGGUUGCAAUGAGGCAUUUCAAAGGCAUAAAAAUUCAACUUUCUUUUCAGAACAAUAAGAAUUCUGGAGUAAUAAGAGAAUGUCAGGAGAAAGGCAAAGACACAAAAGAGUAUGGGCCAAAAAGAAUGUUUCUGAUCCUUUUUGCUAUAAAGUCCUUAAGUGAGAUAGAGGUUUCUGUCUCCGUGAAAGAAAUCAAGAUGAUUAUAGAAAGUGGCCUUUCAUGCUUGCUGUAAUGAAAUGCUAAUUUCCCUCACACCUCAGAAGCCCUUGUCCCUAACGAUCUGGUGAUGCAGGUGGGUUUUUGCCUUGUGGUUGUUGUGGUUAUUUCGUUUUGUGGUUUGUCUUGUCUUGGUUUUUAUGACUGUCUAUAUAAUAGGCUAUCUCUUUUUUUAGAGAUCCAUUGCAAAUUGAGGUAGAACUCUUUAUCUCCAUUUCUAUGAAAUGUCAAUGGAAAAUAUUUCAGGCUUUCUGGAAAUGGAAAUGCGAUAAUUUGGGAAUUAAUUGUGGAAAUCUUGAAGCAUUGUGUAUCAGUUGAUACAGUGAAACUGGCCCGUGACAUGUUCUGAAAGAGAAACUAGGUAGAAAAUAGAAGAACUAAAUUGUAAAAUGGAGGCUGUCAGAAAACUAAACCAAAGUUUAGUUUUAUCUGUAGGAAGGUUGGGAUAGUUUUAAAAAAAAAAAA